AUGGGAGGGGAAUAUUUCAAAAACGCUUCUGAUCUUACUCGAUAUGAGCUAUUGCAAAUCUAUGACUCUUGUCCGGGAAAGUGUUACCCAACAAAAAUCCCAAUCACGGACAAACGAUCCAUUGUUUGCAAUAUCUUACUCGUUGAUCCGGGUUUUCUCGAAAGAGACCGAAAGUUUCAUUUUAAACCGACAAAUGACGGUAAAUUUGUCGAAUUUUUGCCCGACUUCACUGGGGAAGUUGAGCAGAAAUUUGCUCACCCACGGCAUAAAAUGAACCUCGAGCAAAUUGUCGCAACUCAAGAAGCUGAUUCCUUGAGCAAGAUAAUGGCCUCUUUGGAUGUCGAGAGUGAUACUGAGGGUCUACCAGAGCUUGACGUAACCGAUGAAGACUCAUCUUCCGACUCUGAUAUGUCAGCAAACGCUACCAUGAGACCGAAAAAUUCUCAACCAAAGCGAUCUACGCCACCAAAGCCCGAGAUCAAGAAAGAAAAACCUGAAAAGAAGCCAUCUAAGAACCGAGACAAACAACCCACUCGAAAUAGAAGGGAGGAACGCGAACCCGAAUAUCAGCCAAAACGGAAGUUUGAGUCCGGCAAAGCACGAAUAAAAACGCCGAAAUAUGAUACAUGCCUUCCGAUAAGUGCCUGGAUUCGAAACAUGGAGAUUUAUGGCCGGGUCACCUCGCUUAACGAUGAAGAACUUAUCACGUGCGCCCUCAGUGCCCUGCUAGCCGAAGAGCAAGGGAGCCACAUCAUUGCUUCUCUCACGGACACUGAACUUCAAGAAUGGGAUGCAUUCAAAGCAAAACUUGAAGACGUGCUUGGCUUCUCCCGAGAUCACUGGAAACACCUUUAUGAGAACUACCAACGUGGAUCUGACUCUUUUGGUGUCGCCAUGGCCAAGUUAACGAGCUAUUACAGGCAGGGGUAUAACAUCAAAGAUCUCCGGAAACACGACGAAGAACUCUUGAUCGAGAAAUUUUGCUCUGCCCAAGACGAUCGACUUCGAGAACUUCUGUUGCGAGACAAAGCUAGCCUUGAUGUUAGCUCGAUUGUUAAACGAGCAAACGAGCUUGAAAGAUCCAUUCCGAAACGCGAGAUCAAUUUUGCCGCCGUCACGAAACCUGAAAAUGACCCGAUCAACAAACAAAUCCAGCAACUCAUGGAAGAGUUCAAAAAGUUCAAAGCGGACCAUGAGACUAACCGGAAGAAGCAAAGUGGGAAGAAAAAAUCAAAGAUUGAUCUUGACAAAGCCCAAGGAUAUUGCUUUAAGUACACGAACACUGGCCAAUGCAAAUAUGGAAGUUCCUGCAAGUACCAACAUGCUCCGCAGCAAGAAAUUCCUGCACAGGUCAAAGAAUACGCAAGGUCACUCUUAUGA